AAGUUGCGAAAAGCCGAGCUUCCAGAGCUGUUAUCCACUCCAUCCGAGAACCCCCCCGGCAGCUUCGCAUCGUCACAUAUCCAAGACCUAUCUCGACCGCAGUCCGAACCAACAGCCAUGGAUCGCAUCAAGGCCCUCCCAGAGAGGACGGCAUAUACAGUCCUGCUGGCUUUGUGCAACGAUCCGUCCAUCCUGAAGCGCGCCGUCGAGUUCUCGGAACUUCUGCAACCACCACCCGAGACCGCACACUACGAACCGCCAACUUCACAGUCACAGAGGAAGAAGCGCAAGUCGCCCAUGGUGUACGAGGAGAACAGUGAAGACGUGGACGAUGACCAGUAUGAAUGCGCGCGCUGCGGCCAGAUUUUCCUCCGCAGCCAAGAUCGGGAAGACGCCUGCGUCUAUCACGAAGGCGACGUAGAACCAGACUACGACGGUUUCUGGGAGGACCUGGAAGACUUUGAUGAAGAGAACGAUGGCCCGAUCGACACGGACGAGAUGCGCCAGCGCUUCCCGCAGGGUUUCUUCUGGGAUUGCUGUGGAAAGAAGCUUAGCGACCAGGGCAGUGGCUGCCGGACUGGCUAUCACAUGGUCCGCAGCGGCGGCAGCAUGAAGCGGUCUCGGGUUUCCGUCGACGACACACCUGACAUAGAACUCAGCCCCGAACCGCCGCACUUGCGCCAAACAUUGCAUUCACAGCAGACACCGCUGGGGAAUGAAUACUCGCUCCUUGACAACUCGGAGGAAGACGACCUGGUGGAGCUGAAUAUGCAACCUGAUGGUGGUGGCGCUUCCAGUGCCGCGUCUUCUGGAAACGACACUGUUCAAGUCACGAAAUACAUUGAGAUCAACGAGGUUGUUGAGCUGGACGGCGAUAGCGACGCGGGUACCAACGGCCAUCAGUAUGGUUCACGACGGGAGAAGACGUAA